GGCCAUGGCGUCGCUGUGCUGCAACAAGGGCUGCGGGCAGAGGUUUGAUCCUCAGCACAACACCAAGGAUUCCUGCCUGUAUCACCCGGGUGUCCCCAUCUUUCAUGAUGCCCUAAAGGGCUGGUCUUGUUGCAAGAAGCGCACAACAGACUUCUCUGAAUUUCUCUCCAUCAAGGGAUGUACAAAGGGGUUUCAUAGCAAGGAGAAGCCUCCUGAGCCUUCCAGCCAAGAGAUCGCAGAUGAGCAGAAGGCCAAGGCAGUGAAGGAGCUCAUAGUCCAAGGACCAAAAUCAGCUGAGAAGAUGCAGCGGGAAAGACCAAGCUCUGAUGAGCCAAGACAGCUGCUGCCAAUCAAAGUGUCCAGGUCUCUGGAGCAGGCACUGGAGAAACUGAACCUGUCCUCCAAGGCCGAAGCACCUGAAGGUGGCUGCGCAGGGGAGGCAGUUGCCCAGGUGAGAGCUGGCACCACCUGCACCAACGCAGCCUGCAAGGCGAUGUACCAGGGCCCUGAGAGCAACAUGGAAGUUUGUAAUUUCCAUCCUGGUGUUCCUGUCUUCCAUGAGGGGAUGAAGUACUGGAGCUGCUGUGGAAUCAAGACGACAGACUUCAGUGCCUUCCUGGAGCAGCCGGGCUGCAGCAGCGGGACACACUGCUGGAAGGCGAAGGGGGACCAGAAGGUGGUGUCAUGCCGGCAGGACUGGCACCAAACUAGCAGCCAGGUGGUGGUUACUGUCUAUGCCAAGAAUCCCCUGCCCGCUCUGAGCAGUGUGAAAGCCAACAGCACUGUGCUUGAGGUUCACAUCACCUGUGAAGGAAAUAAGAUUUUCCAGGCAGAACUGGAUCUCUGGGGGGUCAUCAAAACAGAGAAGAGCUUUGUGAGCAUGGUUCCUAGCAAGGUGGAGAUCGUGCUUUGCAAAGCCAGCCCUGGCUCAUGGGCCAGGCUGGAGCUACUCCAGAACAGGUUGCACUCCUGUGGUAAGCAGAAAGAAGCUACCAAUGCAGAAGAGCUCUGGGCAGCACAGGAAGAGGACUCAGAUGACAGCUUGAGCUGGUCAGAGGAGGAAGAUGAGGAGCUGGAGAUGGAAACACCAAGCGGCUGAGAGUCCAGAGGAACAGCCCCAGACCAGAGUGGUAUGCAGGCUGCAGCACGCCCUCUUCCCUGGGCAGGAAUGGCAAGCAAUAAAAA